AUGGCUAGUGAAGACAAUGUCCCUUCCCCGCCACCAACAGGUGAUGACGGGGGAGGUGGAGGGAAAGAAGAAACCUCUGCUGAAGAGGGUGCAUUGUCCCUGAAACCAGGGCUCCCCAUCAGGGGCAUCAGAAUGAAAUUUGCCGUGUUGACGGGGUUGGUUGAAGUUGGAGAAGUAUCCAAUAGGGAUAUUGUAGAAACUGUCUUUAACCUGUUGGUAGGAGGGCAGUUUGAUUUGGAAAUGAAUUUCAUUAUCCAAGAAGGUGAGAGUAUCAUCUGCAUGGUCGACCUCCUAGAAAAAUGUGACAUUACUUGCCAAGCAGAAGUCUGGAGCAUGUUUACAGCGAUUCUGAAGAAAAGCAUACGAAAUCUUCAAGUCUGCACCGAAGUAGGCCUUGUUGAGAAAGUGCUUGGGAAAAUUGAAAAAGUUGACAAUAUGAUAGCAGAUCUUUUAGUUGACAUGUUGGGAGUGCUGGCUAGCUAUAAUUUGACGGUUCGAGAACUAAAGCUAUUCUUCAGUAAACUUCAAGGAGAUAAAGGACAAUGGCCUCCACAUGCUGGGAAGUUGCUGUCUGUGUUAAAGCAUAUGCCUCAGAAGUAUGGUCCUGAUGCCUUUUUCAACUUUCCAGGAAAGAGCGCUGCAGCCAUUGCAUUACCUCCUAUAGCCAAAUGGCCAUACCAGAAUGGUUUUACAUUUCAUACCUGGCUAAGAAUGGAUCCUGUGAAUAACAUCAAUGUGGAUAAGGAUAAACCCUAUUUAUAUUGUUUCAGAACCAGCAAAGGUCUUGGUUACUCUGCUCACUUUGUUGGGGGCUGUUUGAUUAUAACCUCAAUAAAGUCAAAAGGAAAAGGCUUUCAACACUGUGUGAAAUUUGAUUUUAAGCCACAAAAGUGGUAUAUGGUAACUAUAGUGCACAUUUAUAACCGAUGGAAGAACAGUGAGCUUCGAUGUUAUGUGAAUGGUGAGCUAGCUUCCUAUGGAGAGAUAACAUGGUUUGUCAACACCAGUGAUACCUUUGACAAAUGUUUCCUGGGCUCGUCAGAAACAGCAGAUGCAAAUAGAGUAUUCUGUGGUCAGAUGACUGCAGUUUACCUUUUUAGUGAAGCUCUUAAUGCUGCUCAGAUUUUUGCUAUUUAUCAGUUGGGACUGGGAUAUAAGGGUACAUUUAAAUUCAAAGCAGAAAGUGAUCUGUUUCUUGCUGAGCAUCACAAACUUCUUUUGUAUGAUGGCAAACUUUCUAGUGCCAUUGCAUUCACGUACAAUCCACGUGCUACAGAUGCCCAGCUCUGCCUUGAAUCAUCCCCUAAGGACAACCCUUCAAUUUUUGUUCAUUCACCGCAUGCACUCAUGCUCCAGGAUGUGAAAGCAGUUUUAACACAUUCCAUUCAAAGUGCUAUGCAUUCAAUUGGAGGAGUACAAGUGCUGUUUCCACUUUUUGCACAGUUGGAUUAUAGGCAAUAUUUAUCUGAUGAGGUUGACUUGACUAUAUGUUCAACUUUGCUGGCUUUUAUCAUGGAGUUGUUGAAGAACUCAAUUGCUAUGCAGGAGCAGAUGCUUGCCUGCAAGGGCUUCUUGGUAAUAGGAUAUAGUCUUGAAAAGUCUUCCAAAUCCCAUGUCAACAGAGCAGUACUUGAACUUUGUCUUGCAUUUUCAAAAUAUCUGAGUAAUCUGCAGAAUGGGAUGCCCCUACUCAAACAAUUGUGUGAUCACAUUCUUCUUAACCCAGCUAUAUGGAUUCAUACUCCAGCCAAGGUUCAGUUGACACUCUAUACUUACCUGUCCACGGAAUUCAUUGGUACAGUCAACAUAUAUAAUGCCAUUCGGAGAGUUGGAACAGUGCUUCUCAUCAUGCAUACACUGAAGUACUACUACUGGGCAGUGAAUCCUCAGGAUCGAAGUGGUAUCACCCCAAAAGGAUUAGACGGACCACGACCUAAUCAAAAAGAAAUAUUUUCUCUACGAGCAUUCUUAUUGAUGUUCAUUAAGCAGUUAGUGAUGAAGGAUUCUGGAGUAAAGGAAGAUGAAUUACAGGCCAUUCUUAAUUACCUACUCACUAUGCAUGAGGACGACAAUCUAAUGGAUGUCCUACAACUGCUUGUUGCAUUAAUGUCAGAACAUCCUAACUCUAUGAUUCCUGCUUUUGACCAGAGGAAUGGAUUACGUGUUAUCUAUAAACUUAUGGCAUCGACAAGUGAAGGAAUCAGAGUACAAGCUCUCAAGGCAAUGGGCUAUUUUUUAAAACACCUGGCCCCAAAAAGAAAAGCUGAAGUCAUGCUUGGACAUGGAUUGUUUUCAUUGCUAGCAGAAAGACUCAUGCUUCAGACAAAUUUAAUCACAAUGACCACGUAUAAUGUUUUGUUUGAGAUUCUUAUAGAACAUAUUUGUACUCAAGUGAUACAUAAACAGCAUCCAGAUCCUGAUUCUUCAGUAAAGAUACAGAAUCCUCAGAUACUAAAAGUAAUUGCAACCCUACUUCGAAAUUCUCCCCAGUGUCCUGAGAGCAUGGAAGUUCGCAGAGCCUUUCUUUCUGAUAUGAUUAAACUUUUUAAUAACAGUAGAGAAAACAGAAGGAGCUUGCUACAGUGUUCUGUAUGGCAAGAAUGGAUGCUUUCUCUUUGUUAUUUCAAUCCUAAGAAUUCUGAUGAGCAAAAGAUAACAGAAAUGGUUUAUGCAAUAUUCAGAAUCCUACUUUACCAUGCAGUCAAAUAUGAGUGGGGUGGCUGGCGUGUGUGGGUAGAUACCUUAUCAAUCACACAUUCAAAGGUCACUUUUGAAAUACACAAAGAAAAUCUUGCCAAUAUAUUCAGGGAACACCAGGGAAAGGUUGAUGAAGAAAUUGGGCAAUGUUCAAGUCCAGUUGAAGCAGUCUCUGUCAUUAGCAGGGAUGUUAAUGUUUCAGUAGCAUCCCAGCAAUCAGAUAUGAAGGAUUGUCCUGUGUCUACUCAUAUCCCCAGAAAUAGUGAUGAAAAGUCAAGUAUUGAGAAGACAAUUUCAGUAAACUCUACAUCCAGCGUUGGACUGCAAACUCCUAACAUGUCUAAUGAAGAAAGGAAAACUGGUCAAGAAAAUCAGGAGUUACUGGAUGAAGUCCCUUUAGAGGAAACACUGAUAAAUGAAACCAUUCAUAUAGAUGGUUUAGAAGGAUCUUCUGAUACAAUAGGUGAGACUGUUUCCUCUAAUUCUUUUAAAAGAGCUGGCAAAGGUAUAAUAACUGUUAGUGAAGUAACUGCUUCUGUAAGUUCUCCUUCAGAAGAGGAUGCUUCAGAGGUGCCAGAAUUAUUGGAGAAAUCUAUAGUAGAGGAAGAUGAUGAUGAUUAUGUAGAACUGAAAGUAGAAAGUAGUCCUACUGAGGAAGCCAGUCUACGCACAGAACUCCAAGAAGAUAGUUUGUCUCCAGCUGCCUCUGAAGCCAGUGAAAGACUGGACAUGUUUAGUAAUGACAACAAAUUAAUAUUUCAAGAGGAAGAAUCUGUAAAUAAGAAGCAAACGGACAGCGAAACUCAAGAUUCCAAAGACUCUGGAAUCUUGACUAGGACAGCAUCAGGGUCUCCGGCUACCUCACCAGACGCUACUGUUUCCCAGACACCUGUACAAUCAGAUAUUGGUGCAAUGCUAGAGGAAGGGAAGAAAACAAGUAACUCUGAUAGAGAAACCAAAUUACUUAGUGAUUCUCCUGGUAAUAUCUUUGAGUCUCCUACUACUUGUGAGCAGAGGAUUGCUAAAUUGGACGUUUCCAGUGUUGCUACAGAUACUGAGAGAUUGGAGUUGAAGGCCAAUACAAACAUGGAAGCAUCUCACCCCCAUCAACCUGUGCUUGAGAUGUCAAGGCAACAGGAGGGGCCAGGUCAAGGAAUAGCACCAGAUGGAGGUAAUGGACAAAGGAGGGAUUCCAGAUCUGCUACGUUUCGUAUUCCUGAGUUCAAAUGGUCUCAAAUGCAUCAACGUUUGCUCACUGAUCUAUUAUUUUCAAUAGAAACAGAUAUACAGAUGUGGAGAAGCCAUUCAACAAAGACAGUUAUGGACUUCGUGAAUAGCAGUGAUAAUGUCAUCUUUGUACACAACACAAUUCAUCUCAUCUCUCAAGUGAUGGACAAUAUGGUCAUGGCUUGUGGGGGUAUACUGCCAUUGCUUUCAGCUGCUACAUCGGCUACACAUGAGCUGGAGAAUAUAGAACCUACUCAAGGCCUUUCAAUAGAAGCCUCUGUGACAUUUUUGCAGAGGCUAAUCAGCCUUGUGGAUGUGCUUAUAUUUGCAAGUUCUCUUGGCUUUACUGAAAUUGAAGCUGAAAAAAAUAUGUCUUCUGGAGGAAUUUUGCGACAGUGUCUCCGACUAGUGUGUGCUGUGGCAGUUAGGAAUUGUUUAGAGUGUCAGCAGCAUUCACAGCUGAAAGCCAGAGGAGAUACAACCAAGGGCCAGAAAACAGUACACAGCCUGAUUCCCAUGGGGAAAUCUGCCGCAAAGAGUCCAGUGGACAUUAUAACUGGUGGUAUAUCUCCAGUAAGAGAUUUUGACAAGCUCCUACAAGACAUGGAUAUUAAUCGGCUUAGGGCAGUUGUCUUCAGAGACAUAGAGGAUAGCAAACAAGCUCAGUUUUUAGCCUUGGCAGUUGUAUACUUCAUCUCUGUUCUUAUGGUCUCAAAGUACAGAGACAUUUUGGAACCCCAAAAUGAAAGGCGUAACCAGUCGUUUAAAGAAGCUGGUAGUGAAAGUGGGAAUUUAUCACUUCCUGAAAACGCACCAUCAGCAUUCAGUCCGCCAACCCCAGCAUUGGUGGAAGAAUCUGAAAGCACGUCAUCUGCUCGGAGGAGGGACUCAGGCAUUGGGGAAGAAACAGCUACUGGCUUAGGAAGCAGUGUGCAUGUAGCUCCUCUGAUAGCACCUCCAAGUGUCAGUGCAGGCCCAGAUGCAAUCAGUGAGGCGCUGUGCACUCUUUCUCUAGAAGUCAAUAAAACUCAGGAAGCCAGAAAUGAUGGAGGAAAUGAGUCGGAUAACAAGGCUGCACCAUCGGUUUCAGUUUCAAAAAAUGUCAAUGUGAAGGACAUUCUUCGAAGCUUGGUUAAUAUACCAGCAGAUGGAGUCACAGUGGAUCCUACCCUUCUGCCACCAGCCUGUCUUGGAGCUCUUGGUGAUCUUUCUGUUGAACAACCUGUGCAGUUCAGAUCUUUUGAUAGAAGUGUCAUCAUUGCAACAAAAAAAUCAUCAGUCUUACCUUCUGUACUUAAUACGAGUCUCCCUACCAAUGCAGUCAGUGUGGUUUCUUCAGUAGAUUCACCCCAAGCUUCAGAUGUAGGAGGAGAAUCACCUGGUGGUAGAUCAUCUAAUGCAAAAUUGCCCUCGGUUCCAACAGUUGGUUCAGUUCCAGAAGACCAAGUUUCAAAUAUGAGUAUUACAGAGAGACUUGAACAUGCUUUGGAAAAGGCAGCUCCUCUUCUGCGAGAGAUUUUUGUGGAUUUUGCACCUUUUCUUUCUCGGACACUUUUGGGUAGUCAUGGGCAAGAAUUGCUAAUAGAAGGAACAAGUCUGGUUUGCAUGAAGUCUAGUAGUUCAGUUGUGGAAUUGGUUAUGCUACUGUGUUCUCAGGAGUGGCAGAAUUCUAUCCAGAAGAAUGCAGGCCUUGCUUUUAUUGAACUUGUCAAUGAAGGAAGAGAGAUUAACCAAACUAAGAAGGAUCAUGUGGUUCUUAUCCUUUCUUUUAAUAGUGUGAUUAUGAAUCAACAGCCAGAUGAAGAGGUACAUAGACAUGCAGUUUUUGAAUCACUGUGUGCCCAGUACUCUGCAGACAAACGAGAAGAUGAGAAGAUGUGUGAUCAUUUGAUAAGAGCAGCUAAAUAUCGAGACCAUGUGACAGCAACUCAGCUAAUCCAGAAAAUUAUCAACAUUCUCACAGACAAGCAUGGAGCCUGGGGAAAUUCUGCAGUGAGUCGUCCUCGUGAGUUCUGGCGCCUUGACCACUGGGAAGAUGACUUGCGGCGCCGGCGACGAUUUGUGCGUAACCCUCUAGGAUCGACACAUCCUGAAGCGACACUAAAAACAGCCGUGGAGCAUGCUGCAGAUGAAGAUAUCCUCGCUAAAGGAAAACAGUCCAUCAAGAGUCAGGCUUUAGGAAAUCAGAACUCAGAAAACGAGAUCCUCCUGGAAGGCGACGACGAUACUCUGUCAUCCGUGGAUGAGAAAGAUUUAGAGAAUCUCGCUGGUCCUGUUAGCCUGAGCACACCAGCUCAGCUUGUGGCCCCCUCUGUUGUAGUAAAGGGCACUCUUUCUGUCACCUCCUCCGAACUCUAUUUCGAGGUGGAUGAAGAAGACUCUAACUUCAAGCAAAUCGACCCCAAGAUCCUGGCAUAUACAGAAGGGUUGCAUGGAAAAUGGCUGUUCACAGAGAUACGAUCAAUCUUUUCGCGUCGUUAUCUUUUGCAAAAUACAGCCCUGGAGAUCUUUAUGGCAAACAGAGUUGCUGUAAUGUUCAAUUUCCCAGACCCGGCAACAGUAAAGAAAGUAGUUAACUAUCUUCCUCGUGUUGGUAUUGGAACCAGUUUUGGGUUGCCUCAAACCAGGCGUAUUUCAUUAGCUAGUCCACGUCAGCUUUUUAAAGCUUCUAAUAUGACCCAGCGAUGGCAACAUAGAGAGAUUUCAAAUUUUGAAUACUUGAUGUUUCUCAACACGAUAGCAGGACGGAGUUACAAUGACUUAAAUCAGUAUCCAGUGUUUCCCUGGGUCAUCACUAAUUAUGAAUCAGAAGAACUGGAUCUUACUUUGCCAAGUAACUUCAGAGAUUUGUCCAAGCCAGUAGGAGCUUUGAAUCCAAAAAGAGCAGCAUUCUUUGCAGAACGUUAUGAAUCGUGGGAAGAUGAUCAGGUUCCCAGGUUCCACUAUGGUACUCAUUACUCAACUGCAAGUUUCGUUCUUGCAUGGCUGCUAAGAAUAGAACCUUUCACAACUUAUUUCCUAAAUUUGCAAGGAGGGAAAUUUGAUCAUGCAGAUCGAACCUUUUCAUCAGUUUCCAGAGCCUGGCGAAACUGUCAGCGUGAUACAUCUGAUAUUAAGGAGUUGAUUCCUGAAUUUUAUUAUCUUCCUGAGAUGUUUGUCAACUUCAAUAAUUAUAAUCUUGGAGUGAUGGAUGAUGGGACAGUAGUGUCUGAUGUUGAACUUCCUCCUUGGGCCAAAACCUCAGAAGAAUUUGUUCGCAUAAACAGACUGGCCCUGGAGAGUGAAUUUGUUUCCUGCCAGCUUCACCAAUGGAUUGAUCUCAUUUUUGGCUAUAAACAGCAAGGACCAGAGGCUGUUCGAUCCCUCAACGUGUUCUAUUACCUGACCUAUGAAGGAGCUGUCAAUCUGAAUUCAAUAGCUGAUCCUGUAUUCAGAGAGGCUGUUGAAGCUCAAAUCCGAAGUUUUGGACAGACACCUUCUCAACUACUCAUAGAGCCCCAUCCUCCCAGAGGUUCUGCUAUGCAAGUGAGUCCAUUGAUGUUCACAGACCAAGCCCAGCAGGAUGUUAUCAUGGUCCUAAAGUUUCCCUCCAACUCCCCUGUCACUCAUGUGGCAGCUAACACCCAGCCUGGUCUGGCGACUCCUGCUGUGAUCACAGUCACUGCUAACAGGCUAUUUGCGGUGAACAAGUGGCACAACCUUCCUGCUCAUCAAGGUGCAGUACAAGACCAGCCAUACCAGCUGCCAGUGGAAAUCGAUCCUCUCAUAGCCAGCAAUACAGGAAUGCACAGGAGGCAAAUCACUGACCUUUUAGACCAAAGUAUUCAAGUCCAUUCCCAGUGCUUUGUCAUCACUUCGGACAACCGCUAUAUUCUCAUCUGUGGCUUCUGGGAUAAGAGUUUCCGAGUCUACUCUACAGACACAGGAAAAUUGAUCCAAGUGGUAUUUGGCCAUUGGGAUGUGGUUACUUGCCUCACUCGUUCUGAGUCCUAUAUCGGGGGAAAUUGCUACAUUCUCUCAGGGUCACGUGAUGCAACCCUUCUGCUCUGGUACUGGAAUGGAAAAAGCAGUGGGAUUGGAGAUAACCCGGGCAGUGAGCCCACCACUCCCCGGGCCAUUUUGACAGGCCAUGACUACGAGAUCACUUGUGCUGCCGUUUGCGCUGAGCUAGGACUCGUGUUAAGUGGUUCCAAAGAAGGACCAUGUCUCAUACAUUCCAUGAAUGGAGACUUGUUAAGGACUUUGGAGGGUCCUGAAAACUGCCUGAAACCAAAACUCAUUCAGGCUUCAAGAGAGGGUCAUUGUGUCAUAUUCUAUGAAAAUGGCUGCUUCUGUACAUUCAGUGUGAAUGGGAAACUCCAGGCCACUAUGGAAACAGACGAUAACAUAAGGGCCAUCCAGCUGAGCCGAGACGGGCAGUACCUGCUCACAGGAGGAGACAAUGGUGUGGUCAUGGUCUGGCAGGUGUCUGACCUCAAGCACCUCUUCGCCUAUCCGGGCUGUGACGCUGGAAUCCGGGCCAUGGCCCUGUCUUACGACCAGAGGUGCAUCAUUUCUGGCAUGGCCUCAGGAAGCAUCGUUCUGUUUUACAACGACUUUAACCGGUGGCAUCACGAAUACCAAACCCGCUACUGA